AUGAUUCGUAAACAAGCACGACAGCGAAGAGACUAUCUCUACAGAAGGGCCCUUCUUCUGCGAGAUGCUGAAGUCAGUGAAAAGCGCGCCAAGUUACGGGCAUCAUUGGCAUCGGGCAAGCCUCUCGACCCCUCUAUUGCCAAUGACAAGAGCCUCAGAAAAGACUACCAAUACGACGAAUCAACUCCCGACUUGGGCGUGAAUGAACAACUAGACUUGGACGACGAAUAUGCUCAACUCUCUGGAAUUGUUGACCCUCGGGUCCUUGUUUCAACAUCACGAGACCCUUCCGCCAGACUGUCAGCAUUCGCAAAGGAAAUCAGAUUGCUGCUACCUACAUCUAUUCGAAUGAACCGUGGUAAUCUUAUUCUUCCCGAUCUGGUCAAAUCAGCCCAAUCCGCGGGGUUGUCAGAUAUCGUUCUCCUUCAUGAACACCGUGGCACACCAACGGCUCUCACGCUGUCGCACUUUCCUCACGGACCUACAGUCUCGUUCUCGCUACACAAUGUCGUACUGCGACAUGAUAUUCCAGGGAGCGUGCGAGGCACGGUAAGCGAAUCGUAUCCUCAUCUCAUCUUCGACGGCUUUACGUCUCCGCUGGGCAAGCGCAUUGUCAAGGUCCUGAAGCACCUCUUCCCCCCACGGGAGGCCAUCACGAGCAAAAACAAGAUGGGUAACCGUGUUGUCACGUUCAAAAACAUCGAGGACAGUAUUGAGGUCCGCCAUCAUGUUUUUGUUAGAACUGGCUACGAUAGCGUCGAGCUUGCUGAAGUCGGUCCUCGAAUGACAAUGCGCCCCUUUGAGAUCCGCGGGGGUACACUCGAGAACAAGGAUGGUGAUGUUGAAUGGCACUUGUCGCAGUAUACAAGAACAGCAAAGAAGAAGAACUAUCUUUAA